GCGUGGCUGAAUACAAAAUUGAUUUUCUUUCCUGCUCUUUGGGAGGAAGCGAGCUCGGGGAUUCUUGGCUGCACAGGGAAGGGUUGGCAGGCCUGGACUGCACUUAGCAGCCAGGGGUUUUCUGGUUUUCAUUAAAAUUCUGUGGCCGUCUUUCCAGAUUGUUCCAUGGGAUAUGACUGUGCAGUGAAGCUGUUUAUGCUGUUCUCUCAGGCACAUGCCCUCACCAAAUAACAGAGCUGUGUAAAUGAGUAUGGAAGAUUAUGACUUCCUGUUCAAAAUUGUUUUAAUUGGCAACGCCGGCGUGGGGAAGACGUGCCUGGUCCGCCGAUUCACUCAGGGUCUUUUUCCCCCAGGUCAAGGAGCUACAAUUGGAGUUGAUUUUAUGAUCAAGACAGUGGAGAUCAAUGGUGAAAAAGUAAAGCUACAGAUCUGGGACACUGCAGGGCAGGAGAGAUUUCGCUCCAUCACACAGAGCUACUACCGCAGCGCCAAUGCCCUGAUCCUCACCUACGACAUUACCUGCGAGGAAUCCUUCCGCUGCCUGCCCGAGUGGCUGCGGGAGAUAGAGCAGUAUGCCAGCAACAAGGUCAUCACCGUGCUAGUGGGCAACAAGAUCGACCUGGCUGACCGGAGGGAGGUGUCCCAGCAGCGAGCCGAGGAGUUCUCGGAGGCGCAGGACAUGUAUUAUCUGGAGACCUCGGCCAAGGAGUCCGACAACGUGGAGAAGCUCUUCCUCGACCUCGCGUGCCGCCUCAUCAGCGAAGCCAGACAGAACACGCUGGUGAACAGCGUGUCCUCCCCGCUGCCCGGAGAAGGGAAAAGCAUCAGCUAUUUGACUUGUUGUAACUUCAACUAAAGGCUGAAAGGCAAAGAGAAGCCCCAGGAAUCCGCAGCUGCCCUCGAGGGGCCGUGAGUGGCCCGGGGACCCUGGCGACCUUCAGCGCCUGCAGGCCGAGGGCUGUGCCCGUGGGCCGCCCUCAGCAGGACCGUCCUCCCAUCUUCUCGCAGCGUGGAGCAAGGAGCACACGGCCCCACGCGCUCUGUGACCUGCAGGGCGCGUUGUUGCUUUUGCUUUUCCGAAAAGCAAGUCAAAGUGCAUUCCUGAACCAAGUCCAGGGGGAAACAGACUGUAGGAUUCCCUCCUGCACGUCGGUGGGUGCAUGCGGGGGGGGGGGGGGGGGCUGCUCUUUAGGGCUUCGGUGGUAAUCUCCUGGUGGCCCUGGUUGUCUUGUCCACCAGGGCCACCCAACUGGGGAGGCCGAGUGCUGUCUCCGUGGUGGGUAUCAAUGACCCCCCGGCCCCCGCAUCCACACACACCAUGGAGAGUUUGAAAAGUGUUAUUUCUUUCAUCCACAGGCACUUUCAGAAACUUUGGGGAUGUAAAAAUGAAAUGAAACCUUUGCCCAUGACCAACAGUAACACUUCUUGUUUUAAUAAUAUAUACAAGCUCCAUGACUCCUUUGGUGCUAAUGACUCUGCUCUAUUACAGACCAAACAUAUUUAGUACUUUGAUGUCCUUAAUUGUAUUACUGAGAAAUAAAAAACAAAUGGGGGAAGUCUGUGAAUCAGCACUCUUUUUCAAAGUCUCAUUACUACCUAGACUAGAUGUGUUGGAAAAGAGAAUCCUUUUUUUUCCUGACAUGCUCCCCUUUAAAUCUCUUCUUGCAAUUUUCUUCUAUUAUUUCAGUUUCCCUGCCCUUUAAGCAAAUGAAGAUUGGAAACCUAAGAAUGGUUAAUGCUAUUUCAAUAUCAACGAUUAGUUGUAAGACUUUUAAAGUAGUAUGAAAAAACUGAACAGAUAUGACCAAAAUACUGUGGAUUAAUGGACUGCCCAGCAAGGUUGCAGGUAGAGCUCAGUCCUUAAUAACAGAUCACACUCUUCGCUUCCUGGUACUAUCCUUGGACAGACCAAGGCUUAAGACUUUGUAGAUAUCUUAGUGUGGUAAGUGAGGAUAACAACAGAUGAAGUCUCACAAGCCAGUUUUGUAUCUUCAGCCACCUUAGAAAAAUCCUGUAAUGGAAGUAGGAUGAGCUGUCACUUAUCAUCUCCUCAUAACAACAUUGCUCUCAGAUUCAUGACAAGACAGUCGAGACAUUCUUGGUUCUUUCUCUUCUGUUUCCCAGUUCCUCACUCCCUUUCACCCUCACGUGCAUGGGGUGCUG